UACACAAGAAUGGGAGCUAUGGUGACAGAGAAAGUGAAGCUUCUUGUAGCAUUACUCACUUUGCAGUUAUGCUUUGCAGGAUUUCACAUUGUCUCUAGACUUGCACUAAACAUUGGUGUCAGCAAAGUUGUGUACCCUGUUUAUAGGAACUUAAUUGCCUUGCUUUUGUUGAGCCCACUUGCUUACUUAUUAGAAAAGAAUCAAAGACCACCCCUUACCUUAUCUUUACUGUUUCAGUUCUUCCUAUUAGCACUACUGGGGAUCACUGCAACACAAGGAUUUUACUUGUUGGGACUGUAUUAUGCUUCUCCAACUUUUGCUUCUGCAAUGCAAAACUCAGUUCCUGCAAUUACUUUUGUCUUGGCCUCAGCUUUAAGGCUUGAGGAAGCCAACAUUGCAAGGAGAGAUGGAUUGGCAAAGGUUCUAGGAACCAUUGCUAGUGUGGGGGGUGCCACUGUAAUCACUCUUUACAAAGGUCCUCCUCUUCUUCACAUGCAAACACAAGGAGUCACCUUAGAAGUAGAUCAGUCUUCUACAAAAAAUGUGCAAAAUUGGACAUGGGGUUGCAUAUACUUGCUUGGACAUUGUUUAUCAUGGGCUGGCUGGAUGGUUUUUCAGGCUCCUGUGGUGAAGAAGUAUCCAGCAAAACUAACCCUCACUUCCUUUACAUGCUUCUUUGGAUUGAUCCAAUUCUUGGUCAUAGCCGCCUUCACAGAAACUGAUCUUGAGAAGUGGAAGAUAAAAUCAUCAGAGGAGCUUUUCACCAUACUAUAUGCUGGAAUUGUAGCUUCCGGCUUUGUCAUAGCUCUCCAAACAUGGUGUAUUCAAAAGGGUGGCCCUGUGUUUGUUGCUGUCUUCCAGCCAAUACAAACUGUUCUAGUUGCUGUCAUGGCAGCCCUUAUUCUUGGUGAUCAAUUAUAUUUUGGAGGGGUUAUUGGUGCAAUUCUGAUUGUGUUUGGUCUAUACUUAGUCCUAUGGGGCAAAACAAAUGAAAAGAAAGUGAGUGAGACAUCAUUAACAAAGCCAUUGCUAAAUGCAGAGGAGGAAAAUAAAGCUACUGAUUUAGCUCCCAAGGACAUACCUUGACAUGUGUAUCUGUUGACAGAGACAGAAGAAUAUAUAUAGUUCCGGUAAAAGUAUUUAACAACCAGUUAACCACAGAUAUAUGGUUCUGGUUAACAGCAUCUCAGGGUUGUUACACAUUGAUUUUCCUGUAAUUUAUUCAGAUAUAGUAUUAGAGUCAAGGGCUUAAGGCUAUGCUGAAUUAAGGCCUGCUUAUGUUUUUUAUUUUAUUUUUUUAUCAUAGGAGCAAGUUCUUCAAUUACACUUGAUUACAAGGUCAAGUUUGGUCGGUCGGUUGGUUGUGUUAUGUCAAAUGGUACAUGCAACACUCCAUCACCAUGUGAUGUACAUUACAUUGACUCCAUAUUUUUAUAUAUAUUAAUUAAAACCUUUGCUGCUUGAAUACCAUUGAUAUUGCUGAAGAUUUGUCGACU